UGCUGCACAGUGCGCUGUCCACUUCAGCACUAGGCAGGAUAACAGUCAGCUUGGGAAUCCAGGACCACGGACAAAUCUUUCGCGAAAGGACGGCACUGAACAUCACGCGGUUUCCGAAAUACCGAGACCGUCACUGCCGUCAGCCGUUUGAAGAAUAAAUUUUUUUACGAUUGAGAGAGACGAAUUAAGAGCGUUGUGGACAUGUACGAUGGGGCGAGGAUGCGUUCCGCUCAGGAGGAUGUUAACGGGCUUCCCUCUGAGGCCAUGGCGGGGCCGUGUGCUGGACCAGGUGGGUCAGAGCCGGUGCCUGACCCAGCAGCAGAUCCCAAGCCUGGGGAAGAGAUGGGCCCAGAGCUGGAAGACAAGGAGCCCAGCCCAGAACCUGUCCUGGUGAAGAGGGCCCACCGGGAAAUCCUGGACCACGAGAGGAAGAGGAGGGUGGAGCUGAAGUGCAUGGAGCUUCAGGAGAUGAUGGAGGAACAGGGGUACUCCGAGGAGGAGAUCAGGCAGAAAGUCGGCACCUUCAGACAGAUGCUGAUGGAGAAAGAAGGAGUGAUCACAAGAGAAGGAGCCCACACACGACCACCGGUCAAGUACAUGGUGCAUGAAGAGCAUGGUGAGGAGCAGACAGACCCCGCCCUUGCUGAAGGUUACCAUGAGGACGAGGACUGGCAGGCAGAUUACUAUGAUAAAGAUAGUUAUAGAACGAAGAGGAAAUCCAGCAGCUCACCGUCUCCCCGGCCAAAGAAGAGAAAGAAGAAGAAAUCAGGCCGCAGAAGAAGUCGGUUCGACAGCUCCUCUCCUUCCCGCAGAGAGAAGAAAAAAAAGAGUGGGAAGAAACACAAGCGAGACAGGCCGGUGUCCAGCUCCAGGAGGAAGAAGAGAUGCAGAUCGGGUAGCCUGAAAAACAAACAGAAGGACAAGAACAAAACACGGAAGAGAUCCCCUGAGGAUUCCCCCAGCAGGAGGUCUCAGCGUAGAGGAAGUUGCUGUAGCUCUCGCAGCGCCUCUCUGUCCUCCACUGGCCACAGCACCUCCAAAUCCCCCGCCAGGGCCAACUCCAAGUACAAGGCAGACAGACACAGGACCUGUGUGAGCCCGUCCCCCUGUCCCGAUGGUACUGUCACCUGGCACAACGGGCACGACCACACCCGCAACGGCAAGGCCAGCCGACCGAAUCACGACCACCCAGCGGAGGGAGACAAAGGCCCAGAGAAGCUGAGAACGAUAACUGCCACCACUCCAGGAGCCCAGGCAACCAUGACGUUAGCGCAACUUGGAGGAGACCAAAAGGCCCACACUGCCCUCUACAGGACCCCUGGAGGUACUGCAGCCCAGACUGGACUGGCCGGAGAGACUCUACAAGGGGACGAGAGGCUGAUUAUGGGCUUGGGAUCGUCUGGGAAACAGGGAGGUCACAAAGGUUACAGAGCUCAAGGGAAGAGUUCCCAUUCGCCGGCUAACAGCAGUGACUCCGCCCACUCCCAACAUAACCCGCCUCCUCACAGAGGGAGGAGUUCUCGCCAGAAGAAGUCUAAAGGAAGCCACUCCUCCCGGCGGCACCGGCGUGGGGGGCGGGGUCAAGCUCAUCACCGGAGUCUGUCUGGGUCGCCGGGGCGACAGCGCCACACGUCCGAGUCCGGCAGGAAGAAGAGUGAGUCCCGGGGUCGAGGCGGCGUGGGGCUCCGGCAGCGCAGCAGCUCCUGGAGCUCGGGGCGGUCCUCGUCACGCUCCGUGUCCAGAGAGAGAGGACCCAGCAAGGCCAAGUCUCCACACCCUCACCCCCGACAGAACAACUCCAGGGAGAGAGACAGUCCUCACCACUCAGACGCUGAGCGUGCCCGUCGUCGCUCACGGAGCUACUCCCCCAUCAGGAAAAGGAGACGCGACUCUCCCAGCUUCAUGGAGGCUCGCAGGAUCACCAGCGCUCGGAAACGGCCUAUCCCCUACUACCGCCCAAGCCCCUCCUCCUCCAGCUCCACGUCAAGCCCCUCCCACUCGGAGAGGAGUCGCAGCCGGAGCUACGACAGCUACAGCAGCUACAGUCGCGGUGCCAGCCGCUCACGAAGCCCCAGCCACAAUCACAGCUACUACAGCCGGAGCAGCUACGACAGCCCGGGCUUCUGAGGAGGAGGGGGAUGAAGAAAGGAGGUGGAUGG